UUUCAUCACCUAAUUUCUUCUGCAUCAAAUCAAAUUUAUAUACAGGGCUUCAAAACAGCGAGUUCAAGUUGUAAUUAAUUAAACUUUAAUUCAUUUGAAAUACGUUAGAAUUUCCUGAAGGCAGCAGACGGUAGGUGAAUAUUUUCUACCUUAUUUUAUAUACUUUUUAAUUAAUUUAAGUGCUGAGACCAUUUGUAUUAAUUUGAGCUUUUCUGUUAAAUAUUAAAUAGAUGGAUGUAAAAAGUAAUGGAGUCCCUGAUGGAAAGAUUGGAAUAAAGUCACAUAAGUGCGAAAUUUGUUCCAAGGUAUACCCUAAAUUAUCGCACUUGCUUCGCCAUAAAAGGUCACAUACUGGAGACAGACCUUUCAGAUGUCAUAUUUGUCAUGUGUCCUUUAGACGUAAUGAACAAGUGGUACUUCAUGUAAAAAGAAAACAUAAGGGACAGAACCCCUACAGGUGUAUCACAUGCCAUCAAACAUUUGCACAAUCAAGCGAUUUAGUGUCUCACAAAAAGACACAUAGCAGUGAAAGAGUUCACCAGUGCAAUAUUUGCAAGCAGUUAUUUCGUACCAAGGUGACUUAGUGAUUCACACCAGAAACACACAGGUGAACGCCCUUUUCAAUGUGGCAUCUGUGGUAUGGCAUUUGCAAGACCACGUUGUUUGGUUCGGCAUAAAACAAUCCAUGCUGAAGAUAAAGCAUAUCAAUGUGAUAUAUGUCCCAAGUCAUUUGCACGUAGCGACAAUCUGGCAGCACAUAAACGAACACAUUCCACAGAAAGACCUUUCACCUGUGACAUUUGCAGUAAAUCAUUUAAGGAUUCUUCAUAUUUGAUAAAUCACAAAAAAACACAUGCUGGAGAAAAGCCUUACAGUUGUGAUAUUUGCCAAAAACCAUUUUCGUAUAAAACUGUGCUACGUGUCCAUAUCAGAAGUCAACACACUGGAGAAAGACCAUUUCAGUGUGGUAUUUGUAAGAAGGCAUUUUACAAAAGACAAACUAUGGGACGCCACAUGAAGACACACACUGGUGAGAAGAAUUACCAGUGUGAUUCUUGUGGUAAACAGUUCACAAGGUCAACUGCUCUAAAGUCUCAUAAACCAACUGAUAUUGGUGGAAAGCAUUAUGAGUGUGAUAUGUGUUUCAUAACGUUUAUGAGGAAGGCGUGCUUACAGCAUCACAAGAAAGAACAUGCUUGCAAAACAGAGUACAAACAUCACAAAACAACUCACUACAUGAUAAUCAAAGUGUGUCAAUAGAUGAAAAUAAUUUUGAAUGUAGUAACUGUGACCUGCAUUGUUCUUCGCAAAGCUCUUUACAACAUCACCAGAGAAAUGAUUGCAAAGCAACUAAAUGUCAACAAAUAGUUUGUGAAGCACAAGAGUCACCAUCUAGGAAAGAUACUACAAGCACAGACGAAUUGCCAGACUUUAAUUCUAGUCAUGAUGCACAUCCUCUUUCUUACAAAUGUGAAGCUUGCGAUAAGUACUUUGUUUCUUCAGAGAAAUUAAGAUCCCACACGUGUAUUGGAGUGAAAAAGGAACCACAUUCAAAUUGUAUUGUGAACAAAACACUAAUAAGACAUGUGUGAUGUAUAUAACUGUGGUUUGGUGGAGACUACAACCAAUGAAACAAUACCUGAUGUUGGGUUCAUAUGCUUUCAUUGUGCUACUAUGUUUGAUUCACCCACUGAAUUGGAAAAUCACCUAGCUGCAGUUCAUUAUAACGAUUUCAGUUCUUAAUUAACAGCAGAAUUUCUGACCUAUAGUCAGGUUGAAAAGAACAUAUCACUACAGGGAUAUACUAGCCAUAGUGAUUGAUAUUUUAUGUUUUGUUACCAUGACUGUUUUUAAGACUUUAAGCCAAAACUGUAAAACAUUAAGCUAUAGUUUAAAAUAGAUAAUUUUUGAUAUUUUACAGUAAUGGUGUGAAUAUAUAUUUUAAAAGGUAUGCAAACAGACGUGUUACAGUAAAAUUAAUAUACCUAUAGCAAUAGCUGAUGAGACAUUCAGCUGCGUGUAUGGAUGCGUGAUCACAUUUCUUAGAUGUCACAUGUGGAUUAUAAAGAAAUAAUUUACAGAAGUAGUCGGUAG